AGUAAAGGAAAAAAAGAAGAGAAAAAAAAGAGAAAGACAAAAGAAAAAAAGAAAUAUUCGAAAUGAUCGAAGAAUAAAAUAAUGAAGCUUUCGAACAAAAUAAUGAAAUACAUAUCCAAUCUAAAAUUCGUAUGGCGUGAUCUAACAACGACACACGGGUUCGAUCGUCCCGCCAUAUACACAUAUUACUUUCUAACCUCUUGUAUUCUUUUUUACGAAGGUAAGUCCCCUCUCCCUCGACGCGGAUUAUUAACUGCACGCUUCGCAGGUGGAUUAACGGAAACGGAAUUGCGAGGAAUAAUACGAAUACGCUGUGAAUUCCUUUCUUUAUUUCGGUUAGGAACGAAAUGAGCUAGGUUUUCUUGAUUCCAAUGGGAAAUUCAACGGGACGACACGCAAAGAGGCUAAGGUCUCGCGGAUUUUGGUUUAAGCUGAGACAUAGAAGAAGAAGAAGAAGAAAAAGAAGAAGAAGAAGAGAAGAGGGUUGUCCAAUAGUGUCCCUAGUCCUGAUUUAGGAAGGGAUUUUAAUUACCGAGGGUCAGUAAGUGUGGCUGUCCACUUGGUACAAGUAUUCCAACCCUUAUUUAUAGUUCAUUAGCAUGGACUUUAUCCGACGGCAGAUUAACUUAUGGCUUUAUAUCAUUACCAAUUACGUAAAAUAAAAAAUGAAAACGAAGAUCAAUAACGAUCUAUCUAAGAAUUGUCUGAUUUACGAAAUUAUCUUUAUCAAAAGAGUUUACGAAAGUGAUUUUAAACUUUCGUUCAAAUUUCAUGUUCACGAUCGAAGAUACAUUUACAUCGGAUGAGUUUACAAAAAUGGAUCUCUUUUGUAAGCACGCUAAAUGUGAUAUAUAAGUUUGAUUGUGUCUACACAGUAUAUACUUAUAGAAUGUUCUAAAAAGUUUCUAAAAUACUUUUCAAGUGAAACUAAUCAUACUGAAUUAAAGAUGGCUAAAAAAUAAAUCCGACUGGAUCGAAAAUAACUUUCUAUUUCGGUAGUAUUUGGUAUGGUCAAAAUUCGGGUAAUCCUAGGAAAGCAAAGUCGGCCGCAAAUAGGACCUCGUAUACUUGCGAGGGGUUAAUUACAUUCUUGCGAGUCCGCACGAACGAGUGAAACCGCAUCUGCUUCCUCGAUUGCACUUUAGCAAACCACAGUGCAAUAAACGGUAGCGCUGCGGGACCCCAACUCAGAGACCUUUAAAGCGCCCAGAAACGUUUUCGCACGUAUGCAGAAACUCUUUGACCGUUCUUUGCCGUGGGAUCACCGAAUUUCUUUUUCCAUAAAUUUUACGGAAGAAGUAAUCUUCUCUAAAUAAAGAUUCGAUAUUUACAUAAUGAAGAAAAACAGUUUCGCUGUACAAUCUUAAUAUAUUUUUCUUGGAUCACUGGAAUCACUUUUAUGAAAUUAUUAUAAUAAAAGAAGGAUAGACUCUUUGUAAAAGAUCGACGAAACGUACUUUCCAGAGGAAGGAGAUCGAAAGAUCGUAGAAUAGCGAUAGUCGAGGAAAGGAAUGAUCUAGCCGUUCGAAAGGGGUAGAGAGGCGCGAAGGAACGAAAUCUCGCGGGGGUGGGGCGAACGAGGCACGAUGCGGGAGAGCCCCACCCCCACCUGCUUUCCCAAUGGGAAGCUCCGCCUCCGGGAGGCCGCGUGACGUCACGCGGACACUUGUUACGCCUUGCCGUGCGAACGGCGGGACCGCCGCUCUACUCUGCUUGGAUUCUCUCUCACGUUAACUAUUUAAACGACAUCGCUUUAUUCGUCCGAUUAGAAGGAAGACAAAAAAUAACAGGACAUCGACAAAAUUCGUAUCGUUUUGUAACGAGAAAAGACUAAUUAGUUUUUCUCGUUAGUCCGACGAUUUCUUCGAAAUUUUAACGUUCUCCUUCGAAACCACACGAAUGCGAUAAAACUUGGCCACCGCAAGAAUCUUGUCUCAAGGGAAAGAGUACGAUAACACAUCGUUCUUGGACGAUACCGUUCUUUUCUUUCUUUCUUUCUUUCCUUCUUUCUUUUUUUUUCUUUUUUUUCUUUUCGUUCCUCUUAUCAGUUUAAAACGGGAUUUCGAAACCUAUUCAUGAGAUCAUACGCGUUAAUUAUACGCGUUAGGAUUAACUAGGAUAAAAUUACGAAUUAGUAAUAAUAAUCUCUGUAAUUUAUGAAGAAUCGAUACAUCAAUAAUAUGAGGAUUCGAUCGCAUCGCGGAAAAACUAGUAAGUCAGCGUUUAGGAAAAGUGUUAUUGCACGGAUGACGCACCGGAAAAUACAAUGAUAUCUUUCCGAGGAUUCCCAUUUGCAUUUGCAUUUGCAUUCGAUUGUCCUGUAUUAUCAUCUCCGAUAUAUAAUCUAUCUUUUAUACCGCAUCAUUUCCGAUAAAUCUCGAAAAUCAUAAAAAUUCCGUUUGAGAAACCGAACGUAAAGAGAUCGAAGCAUCCGAUUGCAAGCAUUGAAAUCCUGAUAAAAGUGAGCAACUUUGUACAGAAAGAGAAAGAGAAAGAGAAAGAGAAAGAAGGAGGAUUUAUUGUUUAAAAAGAGAAUCGGUUAAGAAGUCAUUCUCGUUAUAGUCGUCAUCGUCGUCCUCGUCAUGGUCGUCAUCAUCAUCAUCAUCAUCAUCAUCGUCGUCGUCGUCGUCGUCGUCGUCGUCGUCGUCGUCGUCGUUAUCGUCGUCGUUGUCGUCGUCGUCAAUGGUGAUGGUGGUGGUGGUGGUAGUUGCGAUUGUAGUGGGGAGAUUGGUGAAGCAGCGAGAGCGUGUCCCGUGGUGAGCACGAGUAGGGUGGGGGGUGGAGGUGGCGGAGGAGAGCUGCGGAGGUUAUGCCGACCCGGGCCGCUUCCGCGGAACACGCGGCCCGCUGAGCCGCGGCAUUACGUCGCGCACCGUCGACCGCGACUGACGUUCGCGCCAACUUCGCUCAAGUUGCGAUCCGUUGUUGGUACUCAUCCAGAUCCUAACUGUUUAUCAGAAUCAUCAAUUUAAAUCAUUUCUCGUAUUUCGAUCCGAGGUGUAACGAAGAGAAAGAAAAGAAAGGAAUUGACAAAGAAAGGAAAGGGAAGGGAAAAGAAAAGACAGGAGAUCAGUGAUAAGAUUAACGAUAAUUGUCGUAAUGGAAACGACGAGUUAAAUCAUUGAUAAUUUAUGGAUUUAGGAAAACUUUCGAGUGUUCGGAGUGAUUUGUGAAGGACUCCAGUGAGCCACGUGCUUUGUGAUUCCCGCGCAUUUUCUUGUUUUUCUUCUUUGUUGUAUUUUUUGUUUUCUUUCUUCCUUCUUUCCUUCUUUCUACUUCUCUUUUGUUUUGUUUUUUUUUUCUUUUUCUUCAGUGACUAACGAUAACAGAAAGAUCGUAGGUACUUGCUUUAGUUAUUGUUCGAGCUGAUUAAUAAGUGAUUUAAUCGCUUUAUGAGAGAAAGAAGAAGCUCGAGGUGAGAUGGAACAAGGGGAGGUUUCUAUUCGAUUUUAAAAGAUGAACCGGUGAACGUAGAGAAUGCGCUCGAUCGGAGAAGACGAAGGUGCGAGCGGAGGACAACGUGGGGGUACCUGUUGGUAGCAAAGUGGUGGUCGCUCGUCGACGGGUCGACUAGUUCGGCUCCGUCGGUAAGGUCCGCUUCAAGUAAAGGUCACGACGUCUCGCGCGGAGGGUACGUGUUUGGUGGGUGACGAGGAGCGGCUACUGGCCGAUGGGAUGCAUCUACCGGUGGGUUCCGUGGGCUGCGGGGAGAAUUACGGCACCGUCGGAUCUCAGGAAGGCGCCGGCCCGUGCGGUCCCUCCCUGGCACCCCUCCAAGGGGUCAACACCAGGUACCACCAGGGUGAAGACGGCGAAAACGGCGGUGGUGCCGGCGAAAUGAGCGAAGGUGCCGCCGUCGGCGAACUCUGGUGGACCGAGAGACUCGUCGGUGAGGCACAGGCUGAGCAUCCCGGCGAACUCGUAAGAACAGGUUCGCCGUAUUUCCUCUGCAGUCAAUUGCCAACUCAUUGGAGAUCCAACAAGACCCUACCAGUAGCUUUUAAAGUUGUAGCCCUCGGCGAGGUCGGCGAUGGAACCCUCGUUACUGUUCGCGCUGGUAACGAUGAAAACUGUUGCGCGGAACUACGUAACUCGACUGCACUUAUGAAGAAUCAAGUCGCGAAAUUCAAUGAUCUUAGGUUCGUCGGUAGAAGUGGAAGAGGAAAGAGCUUUAGCAUCACGAUAACCGUUUCGACGAGUCCACCUCAGGUAGCAACCUAUACCAGAGCGAUCAAGGUGACCGUCGAUGGACCGAGAGAGCCACGUUCGAAAACGAGACAACAACAUCAACAAUUUCGAGCUCUUGGUUUGGGUCAGAGACCAUUCUUGGAUGCCCCAAGCUCGUUCACCUCCCACCUACGAGAACUGGAGUCGUACAGGAGGAAUAAGCAUCACCAUCAUCACAGCAGUCACUUACACGAACAGCAGACUGGCAGCAACGUCACCGCGAAUUCGGUUAGCGGUGCCUGUUCCAACCCCAACAACACCGACCCAACCGCAUCGCCCGCUUCCAGUACACACCUCGGAGCUACCGGAGGAGGUUCCUCUAGUACUGCUCAUCAGGAUUGCUACAAGCAUAGUCCUCAACACGGUGAUACAAGUACGAGCACCACCGAAUGGUCUUAUCCAUCGACAGCUCCUUCUUAUCCAGCUCCACCAGUUAGUAGCGGUGGAUCUUACUCUCCUAUUCCAGGUGGAGCAUUCUCUUAUCCCGGUGAAUCCUUAUCUCAUCAUCCAACAACGGAACCUGUACCACUACCAACUGUUUUACCAUCCGAGAGUCAACAAGACACCUACACUCCAAACUGCGUUUCCAUGUAUUCUGGUCACGGAACUUCGUCGACAUCGUUGCCUCUGAUACCUGGAAAACCCAAUGACCCCGAUAUCUUCGCAGGUGGUGGAACAGGAAGCGCCAGUCCAGGAUACCAUUACGGUUCCUGGACACCUGGACCAGCUACACCAGUACCGGUCGCGUCACACAAUUACAAUCCUAAUUAUCAAGGAUAUUACAACAAUCCGAGUCAAAAUUACAUAAGUCCGGCUCCGAUGGUACUUUAUCCGCAGCUCUACAGUACGGUCAAUCAAAAUCAGAUUCAUCUGCAUCUUCACGGUGAUCUCAGCGACGAACAGGUCACUAUUGCUGGUGGAAACUUAACGAUCAGUAGCAAUCGUUUGGAGAUUGGAGUUCUAGGUGAGGAAAGCGAACAAAGGAACGACGUUUGGAGACCUUAUUGAAGGAUUUAAGGAUUUAACAAGAUAUUGAGACAGUAAAUAACAACUUGUUACGUGCGUUAAUCAUUAAUAGUGGAGAAUGUUUACGUGAAGCUCCGAGAAAAUUAACGAUGGUUGAAAGUGUGUUUUUAGGAUAUUUUCUAUUCGCGAGAAAUCUUUUAAAGGAUCAACGUAAGUACGUACGGACUCGUAAAUUUAUUCUAAGGAAAGGCUGUUAAUUAACGAGUGCUAAAGAAAAAAGAUACGUCGAAGAAUUUAAUCGUUUCUUGUAUAGUGCGAGGUGUCGCAAAAAAAGGCAAAAAAAAAGAAAAAAAGGAAAUAAAAAAUUAUCUUAGACUAUCGUAAGGCAAUCUUGGAUCUGGUGUUGUUUUAAAGAAGACUGAGUACUCAGGAUAUCAGAUUUCAAGUAUUCUCAAGUUAAACGUGCUUUCUUUUCGAUCUUAUCGAAAGAAGGGAUAGGAUGAGUAAGUUCGUUCGAUGGGAAAAAAAGAGAAAAAGAAGAAGAAAAAGAAGAAAAGAGAAAAAAGGGGUAAGGCUUUUGGUAGUAUGCGCGUUGUGUUUUCAGCGAUAUCGUUCGUUGUCUCUUCGAUCGUAAAUUUGAAACGUCAGAGAACAGUCAAUGUAUGUGAGUAAGUACUCUAUCGAACGAGAAGAAGGUAGUCAGAUAAUGUAACGUUGUAAAUAUACAGAUAUUUUCCAUGAAAUAAUAAAUACGUACCUGGAGAGUUCCUACGUCCCUAUUCGUGAUAACUUGU